UGGGGAGGCCCUGGGAGGGGGGGGCCCCCCGGGGAGGGGGGCAGGCUUGGGGGCCCCCCCGCCGCGUUUGGGGGCCCCCGAGGAGGAGCCGAGGGAGGAGUGGGAGGCGGAGCUGCCUGCUGCUGCUGCUGCUGCUGCUGCUGCUGCUGCUGCAGUGCCGGACUACGGGGCCCUUUACCGCGCAGUGAAGAGGGUUUGGGAAACUCCGCUGCUGCAGCGCCACUUGGAGUUAAGUAUGGAAAGAGAAGAGCUGCUGCACUUGUGGCGGGCGAAGAAAGACAGGAGUUUGCGGCGCUGCAACAGCUACUUCUUGUCGCGCAGGCCUGCUGCUGCUGCUGCUGCUGCUGCUGCUGCUGCUGCUGCUCCCUGCGCGCAGCAGCAGCAGCAGCAGGAGGGCAGCCCGCUGCUGCCGCCCUCGCCCACUUUGCUGUUCGCCGGAAGCAGCAAAGAGCCGCUGCGGGGCGCGUCUGCUUCGGCCUCGACGACGCCGCCGCCUGCUGCAGCUUCUGCUGCUGCUGCUGCUGCUGCAGCAGCAACGCCGGCUGCUGCUGCGGCGCUCGGCGCGGCGGAAACGCCCGCUGCUGCUGCUGCUGCAGCAGCAGCAGGGGCCCCCGGGGGCCCCGGGGGCCCCUGUUUGUCGCUGCUGUCGCACAGCUUUUACUCAGCAGCAGCAGGAAAGUGCUUCCUGGAGUUCCAGGCCAUGGGGGCGGAGCUGCUGACGCUGCAGCUGCUGCUGCAGGAGCGGGCGGACUGCUGCUUCUGGGGUGUACAGACACCCGGCGUGGUGGAGCGCGCGGGCGCCGUGCUGCAGCAGUACGUGCUGCAGGCUGCUGCGAUCCGGGACAGUUUGUGGGGUGUUUACCUGCGGUGUACGUACACCCCAGAGGGGCCCCUCUUCUCCAAAAACCCCCAACUCAACUCCAAGUACUUGUGGGGUUUGCGGCGGCUGGUGGGGGCUGGGGUGUAUGCGCAGCAGGAGAUGCAGCAGUUCGUGAGUUUCACGCGCAGCACGGCGCUGCAGCAGCAGCAGCAAGCAGCAGCAGCAGCAGCAGCAGCCAGCAGCAGCAGAACCAAACGCCUCGCACUCCUCAGAAGCACUUCUGCUGAGGCUUUAAUUCCUUUCGAAGUUUAUCUUGUCUUUGCCCCUCCUGCAUGCAACUUUGCGCAAAGUCCCAAGCCAGCAGCGCGGGCCCGCGGGGCGCCCCCCAGCGCUCUCUUUGCUGCUGCUCUCAGAGCAGCAGCAGCAGCAGCUGCUGCUGCUGCUGCUGCAGCAAAGAAGGCUGCGCCUCCCGCUGCGGCGCCGGGCGCAGACGCGGAGGACGCCGCAGCAGCAGCAGCAGCAACGCCAAGAGCAGCAGCAGCAACGCCAAGAGCAGCAGCAGCAACGCCAACAGCAGCAGCAGCAACGCCAACAGCAGCAGCAGCAACGCCAGCAGCAGCAGCAGCAACGCCAACAGCAGCAGCAGCAACGCCAAGAGCAGCAGCAGCAACGCCAACAGCAGCAGCAGCAACGCCAAGAGCAGCAGCAGCAACGCCAACAGCAGCAGCAGCAACGCCAAGAGCAGCAGCAGCAACGCCAAGAGCAGCAGCAGCAACGCCAAGAGCAGCAGCAGCAACGCCAACAGCAGCAGCAGCAGCAGCAGCGGCGGAGACGGAGAAGCAGCUGAGCGCGCUGCGCCUCACAGACGCGGAAGGGCCCGAAGACAAAUGA